AUGGCUCUCUGGUCGCUGCUGUUCGCUCUGUCUUUGCCAGGUGCCUCUCUGGCUACAGCUCCAGCCUUUCCCUUUCCCCCUGCCCCGGCAGACUGCGUGGAGGCCCAGCGCGUGUGCUCGGCGGAGCCCCAGUGUGAGGCCUUGUACCGGGGCUUGGAGCUGUGUGCGGCGGAUGCGGCGGUGGCUCCUCUGGGGGAACAGGUGGCCUCGGAGUGUCUGGAGCGUCAGGACACUCUGCUGAGCAAGCACCCAACUUUGCUCGUCUGCAAGUGCCAACGUGGCUUCCGCAGAGAGGAGCAGUGUCUGCGUGUCUACUGGACCGUGCGGCUGCUGCCAGGUGAGGACGAGCUGGAGGUGUCCCCAUAUGAUGACACGCAGAUGGACAGUCGGAUGGCGUCUUUAGUGGCAGCGUCGUCGUAUAUGCAGCUGGACGGAGAGAACCAGUGUUUGAAAGCAGCACAGGACUGUGGUCUGUAUGAGAAGUGUGGCUCCCUGCGCUCGGAGUAUGUGUUGGCUUGUACCAAGCGGAUACCUGGAACCGUCCGCUGUAACCAGCACAAGUGCCACCGGGCCCUGCGCCGUUUCCUGGAGAGGGUCCCUGAGGAGUACAGCCUCGGGGUGCUGUUCUGCCCCUGCACCAACACUUUGUGUGGGGAGAGGAGGAGGAAGACCAUCGUCCCCUCCUGCUCCUAUCAGGAGAUGGAUGGACUGCAGCCCAACUGCCUGCACCAACAGAGCUUCUGCCGCCGUGACGACCUCUGCAGGUCCAGAUUGGCUGAUUUCCUACAGAACUGCCAGCCCUCCUCUUUGACGGCCAGCGGCUGCCUGAAGGACUCGCCGGGCCUGUGUCUGCGAGCGUACGCCGGACUCAUCGGAACCAUCAUGACUCCAAACUACAUCAGUAACAGCUCCGCGGACGUGUCUCUGUGGUGCAACUGUGAGGGCAGCGGGAACCAGUGGCAGGACUGUCUGAGGCUGCAGCACAUGUUCACCCACAACACCUGUCUGCGUAACUCCAUCAGCUGGAUGGGCGACCCUGGAUCCAUGCCCGCGGACUUCACGUCUCCGCCCGGUCCUCCGCCCUCCCCCCUGAUUCAGGAGGAUGAGCUUCUGAGCAACAACCACCUGCCGGAGCACAGCAACAACGUCGUGGUGGAAAGCGAGGAAGAGGAAGACCUAAGACGUCCCAACGAGGAGGUGGAUGAAGGCGGGCAAUUCAACGUCAUCCCUAUGUAUUCGGAAAGAGCCACAAUCUCCAACCUGGGAUCUUCUGGGACGGGGGGAGCGGCUUCACCCAUGUCCAAACCGGCCAUUCCCGUUCUGAUGGUGCUUCUGCUUGUCUCUGCGUCGCUGAGCUGGGGGUAG